AAACACCAAAUGUUCAAUGCAUUAAUGGGGUAGUGGUAACCUGGGUCGUUGCCAUUUUUCGAAUUGCGAAGUGCCGAUGUGUCGACCCGCCGGGGGUUCGAUUCCCUCUUAAUGCACUGAUGGUGUAGGACGUGCCGAAAUUUUUUGAGUGUACUAUUGAAUACUACAUGGUUCAAUAUGUUCAAUAUGUAGCCUGCACAUACUGCUUGUAUGUUCUUGUCUAGUCCAUUCAUCCACAGCAAAAGUGACUGAAGUUGGUUUGUUAUUUUGUGGUGGGCGGGUCACUCAUGGAGUCUGCUUAUUAAAUAUUGCAAUCUCUCUCUUACCUUCAUCGAUGGCUGUACCUGAUACUACCACCAUACCCACUCCCACCUCCUCCACUCACCCAUCCACCACGUCCAACCCCCUCCCUGAACGUCGACCCACAUUCCCAAACUUUCCACUCUCUACCCACAUCACUUUCCUCAGCGGUCUCACAGCCGUCCUCCUCGUUCCCUACCUCUUAUUCUCCAGACGAAUACGACAAACCACCGACAAAGCCACGCGGGAACUAACAUCUCUCCGAAGAGAUACCAAAUCUAUCCACCGCAGAGUCAAUGACUUGGAGCUUCUGGUAUCGAAUGUGCAAGCAGGAUCGAACGAGGUGGUGAACGAUUUGAGGAAGGAAAUUCGUGAUGUGCGGAAGGAGUUGAGUAAUGUUUGUGGCAUUGUAGAUGCUGAACGACAGCGUGUGGAUGGUCUCAUGAGCCAGACAGACCAGAUCAACGCAGAGCGUGAAAUGGUCUUGAGCUUGAACCAACAAGCUACGAAAGCCACACACGACACAGAACACCUGGUGAACCAAUUGAAGAUCGAGCUCAACGAAGCCAAACGCGAAGCACACGAUGCAAAGCAAUUAUACACCGCAUUGCAUGCCAACUUGAUCGAGUUGAGGCAAAACUUGGAUCAGACUCGGGAUAUGUUGCAGAAAGCAAACAAACUGAGCAAUGACAAUUCUGCUACUGCUACUGCUCAAUAUCAAUCCAAUUUGCAGUUUCUACUGGAAGAAGCAAAGAUCAAUCGCACCCAAGGCAACGCCCUCCGUUCAAUAGGUCUCUCUCUAGCCGAUAUCGCUGCAUUCAUGCACGAAGUCGAGCUCUCUAUUCCGCUGCUUAUCCCACCUGAACCUACUCAUCGCCCGGGAGCCAGUAUCAGCGCGAACAAUCAGAAGAGCCCAAUUUACGACAACAAAUCCCGCGUGGAAAACCUUAGGCUUUCAGCGUUGAUGUUGCAGAACUUACCGAGGAGUCAGGAUAGGAGUCGGAGUGAGAGAUCAAACAUAAACACCGGUACUGAUUAGGCACCGAAGCAAUGAAGUUGGUUGGUUGGUGGCAGUCUCGUCGAGACUGGGCGUUGAGCGUUGAGGCCUGAUUUAGUGAUUUUAUGAGGUUGAACGUGGUUGGAUGGGAUUUUACUCUCAGUCCGUGCUGUAUCUCUAGCAGGAAGUCAUUAUGUACAAACCAGAUGGAAUUCGGAUGUGCUUUAGAUGUAUGUAAUGAGGAUG